CUAGGAGAGCAUUUAAAUAUUAUUAUGUUGGAGUGAACGAAACGCAAGAUGGAAGCAUAUUAUUCUUCCUCGAGUCGAGUAGUAUGACGAUCAUGACCAAACAUUAUAAUUAUCUCGAUGACCAGGGCUGGCUCUGAACCUCGGAAACGCAGCUUGGCCCUUCUUUCUUUCCUCCAAAUACACAACAAUCUUCUCCCCCCAACAAGUGGCGCCCAGCCCAGCCCAGCCCCGCCAGGUAUCUAUUUAUCUAGCAUGCUCCUGCUUGGAAGAGCCGUAUACCCGGCUUGGGUGGUGUUUCUGCUUCGUGUCCAGCUGGUCGAUCCUAUCAAUAAAUUAGGUAACCCGAUGUCCGGUGGCGGUCUCCAAAGUCUUGUCCUUCUCCUUCAACAUGCCGUGCUACUUUAUCAACCAACGAAUAGGUAACCCAUUGUUGAUCCUAAACAUACCGACUCGGCCAGUCUCACUGCCAGACCACUUGUUUCGAAUCAAUCGACCGGGCUUAGCGACCCUUCUGUAUGCCCAAUCAUCCCCCCCCUCUGUUGCCGAGAGAUAGAUUA